UGCUACGAGGUGGCCCUGCGGGAUUUUCGGCAAGCGCGGCGAGAGGUGGAAGCCAUGAGCAUCGUCAAGAUGAAAGAGCUUUGCCGGCGCUACGGCAAACACGAUCCUCACGAGCGGGAGACCUGGCGCGCCGUGGCGCGGGACGUUUGGGAUACGGUGGGAGGAGGUGAAGAGGACGGCGGCUGCGGCGGCGGCGUCACCGGCGAUGUCACCGGGGCGGAGGUGGAGGGGCUGCGGGCUCACCUGGACAAGCUGGCGGGGAUCCUGCGGGAGGUGAAGCGGCAGAACAGCGCCAAGGACGAGCAGAUCCGUGCCCUGCGGGAUCGCGUCGGCAAGAUGGAGCGCGUCAUCCCCCUCCCG